AUGGCUCCUGUCUCUCUUUCAGGCCAAGCCAACCUGUGCCAACCUCUGCCAACCCUUGCCAACUGCCAGCAGCAGCCCUUCCCUGCAUCAUGGAUCCCCUGGAGAGCGUGGUCACACUCGGACGAGCAGGAGCCACCAGCAGGGAUGCAGAGGGCUCCAUGUGGCUGCUUCUUCAACCCCCAGCACUUCUCUGUGCAGUGGACCGUGCCUAGACCACCUCCAGCAGACACCUGCACACCGGGCUUCAGUGCUGCUACUCUGCCAGGUGCUGCCCUGCUGGGGACUGGGUACUGCGGGACCCUCCUGGCCUGGGCAGCCCCCGGGACCCCCCAGGGCCCAGCACAACACCUUGCACCCCACAACCAUCAGGGGACAGGAGCAGCGGCCCCAGUGCUGCCAGAGCCCAACCCUAGGAACCCCCACAUCAACGGGGUGCCUGCAGGGAACAACAUCGCCAGCAUGAACACCUCCAUGGGGAUAGCCCCUGGUAAUAACAUCCCCACGGGCAGCAACGUCCUCCUCAACCGCUCUUCUAACCACCAGAAUCAAAGACUUGGUGAGCCAGAUGCAGACAUUGAAGUCACUGAGGAGAUGCUCCUCAAAGAGGCUCUAAGGCUCUUUGGUAUGUCUGAGGAGAUGGAGGCAGUCAUCCAGCAUGGUUCCAGCAGCGUCAUCAUGCCUGAGGACCAUGAUGACGCCAUCAGAAAGGCUAGAACGCUGGCCCCAGCUGCCCCAGACUUGCUGAAUUCCAUCCCCAGCAAUAAAUACAUCGACGGGGUGUCUGCACAGCCCAACACCCCCAGCACAGCCACCUCCGUGGGGACAACCUUGGGAAUUAACAUCCCCCCAGGAAACGAUGUCCCUCCAAGCAGCUUUUCUGACCCCCACCAUCAAGGCUUUGAAGACAUGAAUGACAACCUUGCACGUGACAAAGAGGUGCCUCUUGACGAGGCCCUGAGGUUCUUCGGUUGCUAUGAGGACACUGAGAGGGUCAUCCAGGAGGGUCCCAGCAGCAGCCGCAUACCUGAGGACCCUGGUGGCACAGACACAGACAUCUCCCUCUGUGACUUCACCUCGCUCUCACUGCCAGAUGAGCUGCUCACCUGUGACUACGAUGCCAAUGAGAUAGCCAAAGCCAUCCAGAGCCUUGAAGACUUCACCUCGCUCUCACUGCCAGCUGAGCUGCUCACCUGUGACUACGAUGUCAAUGAGAUAGCCAAAGACAUCCAGAGCCUUGAAGACAUCGUCGAUACUGGAAAGUACCCCCAUGACUUCUGGGCUGAUGUGGGGAUGGACCUGGAACCAUCCCAGCCUGACGGUGCAGAGUACUGGGGGAUAAAGUAG